CUUAAAAUGGAAGAUAAUUCAUUAUUAAAAUGAAGAAGCUCAAUUAUGAACCGAUUUCAACUUAAGAUCUUUCUCAUUACAGAUUAAAUCAGAGAAUGGAUUAUGGAAAUCAGACUUUGGUGACUGAAUUUUUCCUCAGGGGCUUAACUGAUCGCUUUCCGCAGCAGGUGGCUCUCUUUGGGAUAUUUCUUGUGGUUUAUCUCUUCACUGUUCUGGGAAACCUGGGGAUCAUCACCCUCCUUUGGCUGGAUUCCCGACUCCACACCCCCAUGUAUUUUUUCCUCAGCCACUUGUCUUUUGUGGAUGUCUGCUUGUCUUCCGUCAUUGGUCCCAAGAUGUUGAUGGACAUCUUUAUGGAGAAGAAAGUAAUCUCGUUCUUUGGUUGUGCUGCCCAGUUAUGGUUUCUUGGUCAGUUUGUAGUGACUGAGUGUUUCCUUCUGGCUUCCAUGGCAUAUGAUCGGUACACGGCCAUCUGUAAGCCACUGUUGUACAUGCUCAUCAUGUCCCAGCGGGUCUGUGUGCAGCUGGUGGUCGGGCCCUAUGCCAUGGGUCUCAUAAGUGCCGUGACCCAUACAACACUUGCCUUUCACCUGCCUUACUGUGGCCCCCAAAUCAUCAAUCACUUUUUCUGUGACCUUCUUCCUGUUCUCUCCCUGGCAUGUGCAGACACCCAGGUCAAUAAACUUGUACUGUUUAUCUUGGCUGGAGCUCUAGGAGUGCUCAGUGGUGUGAUCAUCUCAGUCUCCUACAUUUACAUCCUCACUGCCAUCCUGAGGAUCCGCUCAGCUGAGGGGAGGCGCAAGGCUUUCUCCACCUGCUCUUCACACCUGACGGCCGUCUCCAUCCUUUAUGGGACACUCUUCUUUAUCUAUGUAUGUCCGAGUUCUAGUUUCUCCCUGGACAUCAAUAAAGUAGUUUCUGUAUUUUACACAGCCAUGAUUCCCAUGUUAAACCCCCUUAUCUACAGCCUGAGAAACAAGGAAGUCAAGCAUUCAUUCAGAAGGACGUUCAAAAGGAAGAAGUUUCUUGUGGGUAGAUAGCUAGAACACCAUUUGUACUGCAGGUUGAGAGGGAGUGCAUAUGCAAGAUGCAAGAACAUGGGUGAGGUGUUUUGUGUCCUGCUUUUAUGUUGAGCCUAGAUUGUUAUUACUUUGUAUCAUUGAAAAGUCAUGCAAUGUCUUUCAGUUAUAAUUUUCUUAUUUCUAUGUGCUCAUAUUUCAUUCAGCAGCAAUGAGAUUUAGAACUAUAAACUGAGAUAAGUGGAUUUUUGAAACCCAGAGAUUUAAAAUAGAUUUCCAAGGUUUGUCACGAGGAUAUGAGAAAAUCUGUGUUAAAUUCUGAAAUAAUGUUAUAGUCAUAACCAGUGAUUUAACAAUAAUUCUGUUUUGCUUACAGUGUGUUGAGAUCCCUCAGGUGUCUACUAGCUUGGCUUUGCCUCUUUAAACAUAAAAUUUAAAGGCUAUUAUAGUCAGAAGAUGGUAACUUCCAGUUAUAAGAUAAAUAAGUUCUGGGAAUGGUGACUAUCGUCUAUGACUAUAGUGACUAUAGUUAACAUACCACAUUUCAUAUUUGUAUGUUGCUUAGAGAGCAGAUCUUAAAAGUUCUCUUCAGAAUAGAAAUUUGCAACCAUCUAAGGUGAUUGUUGCUAACUAAACAUUGUGGUGAUCAUUUUGCAACAUAUAGAUAUAUCAAAACUUUAUUCUGUAAUCAUUAUGUGGUACACCUUGUACUGAAACAAUAUAUAUCAGUUACAUAUUAAUGAAACUGGAAAAAGGUGAAUUUUUCAGGAAUUACAUAACUCUAGCACUCUCUAAUACUGUCUUCAUGUUUAGACAUUUCACAAACACCAUUUAUAUCCUCUGUACUCUCGGAUCAUAAUAUUAUCUUGUUGGGAUUUUUGCCACUAGAAUCACAUGUGUAGUGCAGAAUUCAUUUGUGUUAAUUGUUAGCUACUACUAUUGUUAUGUAUUAAUUUUUGUGUCACAGGCAGGACAAUAACUAUUUUUACAGAAUAAUGAGCCUGACACCCAUGAGGAAUCAGUGGAUCACCCAUGAUAUUUGGGUCUCAUCCUUACAUUUUCUCUAGGUACAGUAUUCUUUCAACUAUACUUCUAUGUUUUGGUUUCUGGAACAUAGCAAUAAAUCCAAUAAAUGAAGGGAUAAACCAUGUAUUUGUACAGUUGUGAGACUCACUGAGAGCUGUGCUUUGUUUUCUUUGGAAGCCUUUCUUUAAAAGGCACUUGAUUUUGCUCCACUGACUUUGAAGGAUUAAAAUACUUGUUACCUUGUUAUUACAUGACUCUCCUGCAUAAAUUAAGAUAUUCCUAGGCAUGUUAUGCUAGGUUAAUUAUGGUCUAUUUCCUUGUAUCUCCAAGCCCCAUGCACCAUAGAAAC